AGGUGAGGUCUCCAGAACUGACCCCAUUAGGACAUCGCUGUCUAUUAUUCAGUGGAGGAGUUGGAGGACACAAGGAUCUGUACCAGGACAUAGUCAUGAUGGAGGAUCACCGGCCCCUCACAUCACAAGAUUGAUAAAUGACGAUCACAUAGGAGAUGACCUUGUCCAGGUUAUGUAUACAGCAGAAGGGUGAACCCGGCCAAGAGGGAGGACAAAAAGUAACCAAAACUGAGGGAAGAAGGGAAUGGAGGAUAAAGAAGAGUCUGGUGUAAAGAGAGAGAAGAGAGAUCGGGUCCAGACAGAUCCGUCAGGACUCUACCCCCAGAAUCAUCAGCUAGAACAGCAAAUCACUAUCAGACAAGAGAUAAAAGGGCGGAUUACAUGGAGAAGAUCACCCAGUGCUUCCUUUAAGGCCAUGUUCACACCGCAGAAUAUCUGAUAUUCCCCUCACAUUCCGCUCAGCAAAACCAGACGCAAGAUUAUUCGCAGUUUUGUGAUUUUUGUGCUUUCAUUUGAGUCCAAUUAACUCCGAAAACUCCAUAAAAUAGAAGAUAUUGUGUAAACAACUCGGGGUAAUAGACCUGGAUCACAUCACAGAACAGUCAUAAAAUGCCCCGUAUAUGGUAUUAUAUUCACAAUAUGUACCUCAGUAAUUAUACAGACCCCAAAACCAAACACAGAUGGAGUCAUUGAUAGAAAUCCACCCGAGAGGUGUCCCCGUCCUCUGUAUUCCCAGGACUGUCCAGAGGGAAAUGUCCCAGAGAAGCAUCAGGCUGAAGAUCUGAUGGAUAUUAAGGCUGAGGAUAAAGAUGAACCAGAAGAGGAGACGGAUUUCGUGGCCGAUCAGCAGUAUGGAGUCAUUGAUAGAAAUCCACCCGAGAGGUGUCCCCGCCCUCUGUAUUCCCAGGACUGUCCAGAGGGAAAUGUCCCAGAGAAGCAUCAGGGGGGAGAUCUGACUAAUACUAAAGUGGAGGAUGAAGAAGAGAGGAUGAGGGGCCAUCACCCAUGUAUGAGGGAAGUGAAGGAGGAAAUUCCAGGAGGUGUUACCCCAGAAAAUCCCAGUAAGAAUUCUGAGGGAAACUUCAUGUUAUCCCUGAAUGAUAAAGGAGAAGAUGAAGAUAUGAUGGAGCGCUCCUCAGGAGAAGACCUCCUUACCCCUAAUGUCCAUCCAGAUCUAUCCUGUAAUAAUCCACCUGAUCAUGAGGAACCUUCUCCUGACCAACCACACAUUGUUACCACAAGGACAGAGCAGGAACAUGGGAAAGGUUUAUAUUGUGAGGAAUGUGGGAAAGAGUUUACAAGAAGAUCAACUCUUGUUAACCACAGAAAAAGUCACACGAGAAAAACUCUAUAUGUGUGUUCAGAAUGUGGUAAAUGCUGUAAAUGUCAAUCACAUCUUGUUAGCCAUGAGAUAAUUCACACAGGAGAGAAGCCAUAUUCAUGUUCAGAAUGUGGAAAAUGUUUUAGUCAUAAAUCAUCUCUUAUGAAACAUGAGAGAAUUCACACAGGAGAGAAGCCAUAUUCAUGUUCAGAAUGUGGGAAAUGUUUUAGUCGUAAAUCAUCUCUUAUGGAACAUGAGAGAAUUCACACUGGCGAGAAGCCAUAUUCUUGUUCAGAAUGUGGAAAAUGUUUUAAUUUUAAAUCUGCUCUUAUGGUACAUAAGAAAAUUCACACAGGAGAGAAGCCAUAUUCAUGUUCAGAAUGUGGGAAAUGUUUUAAUUUUAAAUCAUCUCUUACAAACCAUGAGAGAAUUCACACAGGAGAGAAGCCAUAUGCAUGCUCAGAAUGUGGGAAAUGUUUUAGUCGUAAAUCAUCUCUUACAGAACAUGAGAGAAUUCACACAGGAGAGAAGCCAUACUCCUGUUCAGAAUGUGGGAGUUGUUUUAUUGUUAAAUCUGCUCUUAUGGAACAUAAGAAAAUUCACACAGGAGAGAAGCCAUAUUCAUGUUCAGAAUGUGGAAAAGGUUUUAGUUGUAAAUCAUCUCUUAUUGAACAUGAGAGAAUUCACACGGGAGAGAAGCCAUAUUCUUGUUCAGAAUGUGGAAAAUGUUUUGCAAGGAAUUCACAACUUGUUCUGCAUAAGAGAAGUCACACAGGAGAAAAGCCGUAUUCAUGUCCAGAAUGUGGCAAAUGUUUUAUAAAUAGAUCAAAUCUUUCAAUACAUGAGAGAACUCACACUGGAGAGAAGCCCUAUUCAUGUUCAGAAUGUGGAAAAUGUUUUAUACAGAGAUCAUAUCUAACUCAACAUGAGAAAGCUCACACAAGAGAGAAGCCAUAUUCAUGUUCAGAAUGUGAGAAAUGUUUUAAAAGUAAAUUGGGGCUUGUAACACAUGAGAGAAUUCACACCGGAGAGAAGCCAUAUUCCUGUUCAGAAUGUGGAAAACGUUUUUCCCAUAAAUCAAAUCUUAUUUCACACGAGAGAAUUCACACAGGAGAGAAGCCAUAUUCAUGUUUAGAAUGUGAGAAAUCUUUUAUAUAUAAAUCACACCUUUCUAGACACGAGAGGAGUCACGCUGGCGACUGAUAGAUGAAAUAAUAAAUUAUAAAAAUAUAAUAAUAUGGAGUCAUAUUUUUGACAUGAUACCCCCUGGAGGAUCUAUAGGCUACUAGAGCAAUAUAGACAACCUUGGGGAUGUGAGUCUCCCUCAGGGAAACCCUGAAUAAAGACCCUCCGGUCUAAAACGUAACUUUUAUUCUUUUUACAACUAAUAAUUAAGGGUGCUCAAUUGCCACCAGGUGGCAGUGUGUGAUUAAAAUUACAAUCCCUUAUUUGUUAUAUUUCAGUUCUAUAGCAUCCUAUGCAUGGAUGUAAUGACCGCGGAGAUGUGUUUGCAGUAUUCUGCUCUGAUGCCGUCUACAGACUUAGCAUCACGCGUCCCCGUGGUUCAUCCACAUUCAGAAACGGGGAUUGAGCUAAAAUCUAUUAUCCUCUGACUCAACGUUUCGCCAGUAGGAACUGGCUUUUUCAAGAGUGUGAGGUACCUCCUACUGGCCGGAACCCGCGGCUAAUACAGGACAUCACCGAUUGCGGUGAUGCUCUGUAUUAACCCUUCAGACGCGGCGAUCAAAGCUGACCGCCGCGUCUGAAAGGAAAGUGACACUACCCCGUCUGCUCAGUCGGGCUGUUCGGGACCGCCGCGGUGAAAUCGCGAACAGCUUACAGGACACCGGGAGGGACCUUACCUGCCUCCUCGGUGUCUGCUCCGUGCCGGGAUCCCCUGCAUGGCCGGCGCUCUCCUUCGUCGUCAUCACGUCGUCGCGCACGUUGCCGUCCCGUCAUCCAAUAGGAGCGGCGUGCGUAGCGAUGUCAUGGUGGCGACGGAGAGCGAGGAUACCGGGCAGCAGAGACGUUCCGGAGCGGCGGGGACACAUGAGUACUACCUCCUAUACCAGUGGUCUUCAACCUGUGGACCUC